AUGUCCGGGUUGAACGAAAGACGACUAGAAUCACGCAGAAAUCGAAAAGCACUUGCUCGCUAUUCGGUACCUCUCCUUAUCGCAUCUUGGGACCUCGCCAACUGGCUCUACGAUAUCCUCGAAGACAAGUACUAUGGCCCGGAAAGAUGCGAGGCCUAUGGUGAUGGCUGGAACCCGAAAUUUACUUCGUUCUUGUUUGGCCAGUACUUCGCUGGCGUACACAUCAUCCGCGAAAUGACGCAAUAUUUUGCACACAUAAGAGGUGAAAGGGCACACCUUUUGAAGAGACUUCUCUGGAAGAUUCAAGACGAAUUCAUAUCAAUGCAUUAUAUUGGACGCGAAAGUCUAGGAGUUCGUUGGUUUGAAGGCGACCUAUUGAGUAUCCAGGAACACAUGACCAUCGCUACUGAUCUGGAUGGCGAUGGCAAUGAGGCUGAGCUACGCACAAUGGGAUGGGUCGAAUUUCAGAAGCACUACAUGGCAAGAACUGCAGCGAAUAAAGGCGACAAAUCGAAGGAGUUGAAGAAGGUAUUCGGGUGGUACGAGGAGGAAUUGCAAAGCAUCAUCUAUCGCCGUUUCAAAUACUUGUACUCGACUAUAUGGGAGGGCAGCGACAAUCCCCAAGGGUACGAGAAGACGAGGGAUAAAAUAACUAAUGAGAAAGAACUUGAAGUUUUAGAGAAAUACGAGAGGGACAUCCAAAAAGAAAAGCAACGAAACCCGGGAAUCAUCACUGUUAUACCCGAUCAUCGACUUCGCCGUAUCCAACACCUUCUGGUCGACCUCGCGACACUCUUGGACAAAGAAUCCGGCAUGGAGUUCAACCGCCCAGUACGGAGAUGUCACAUGGACGUUGGCGAAGCUGUGUUAUCCCAUGAUACUGUUUUGCUAGCUCACAAAGAUCAGGCUACCGCGCUGGACGAGGGCACGGCUGUACUAGCUUACAAGACUCCUGUACAGCCUCAAGGGACCCGAGAGCCCUUCAGAUAUCGAAUCCUCUGCGAUUGCGCUUCUGCCGAAUGUAAUCCUGGAAAAGAAGACUUCAAGCAUCGCGAUCUGGAAGAUAGAUCGGAGGAAUUCUGA